CCAAACCUUUAACCAUCGUAAGGCCAGAACACGUUGGUCUAAAGACGAUUAAUUUAUAUUUCAGGAGAGACGAGUGUCACGGGACGUACUGUACCACAAGGGGAAUCAAAUACAUUCAAACUGAAAAAUGUCAGUAUUACCACAAGAUGUUCAGGGAGUGUUAUCCCAACUAUUAGAAAGUUUGAAGUCUGCCGACAAUUCUAUCAGAUCAGCUGGUGAAGAGUCCUUAGAAAGUGAAUGGACAUCUAAAACUAAUGUGGAAGCACUUUUAAUUUUUUUAGCUGAACAAGCGAGCAUGUCUCAAUCCGAAGAAACACGAGCAUUCGCUGCUGUAUUAUUUCGGAGAAUAGCAAUCAAAUCUCCUAAGGAGUUAGCUAAUGUUACUGAUAGAACUAUCGGAGUAAUUAGUGAUCCAGUUAAACAACAAAUUCGUACUAUACUUUUAAAGGGGUUUACUGAUCAUCAAACUAAUCAAGUUAGACAUAAACUUUCCGAUGCUAUAUCAGAAGUAGCUAAAGAUGAUGUAUCACCAAAUGGUACAUGGAAUGAACUUAUUCCUGCUUUACUUGAAGCUACUAGAAAUCCAGAUCCAAGUUUUCGAGAAUCGGCUUUUAGGGUCUUUUCUUCUGCUCCUCAAUUAAUAGAUAAAUCCUAUAUUCAUCAAGUUUUACCAAUCUUUAAUAGUGGAUUUAAUGAUGAAAAUGAUGAAGUAAGAAUAUCUGCAUGUACAGCAUUCGUAGCAUUUUUCAGAGAAUUACCAAAAAAUAGUUGGCAAUCAUUGUCUCCAUUAUUACCAGAUUUAUUGAAUUCUUUACCUAGAUUCUUACAAAAUGGUCAAGAUCAAGCUUUAGCUUCUGUAUUAGAAUCAUUAAUUGAUUUAGUAGAAUUAGCUCCUAAAAUGUUUAAAACUAUGUUCCCUACAAUUAUUGAAUUUUGUGCUGGUGUAUGUAAGAAUAAAGAUUUAGAAUCAAAUACUAGAAUGUCUUCCCUUGAAUUACUUACAACUUUUGCUGAAGUAUCUCCAAAUAUGUGUAAAAGAACUGAUAAUUAUACAAGUGUUAUGGUAGUUAUAACAUUAUCUAUGUUAACUGAAGUAUGUAUCGAUGAUGAUGAUGCUGCUGAGUGGAAUAAUAGUGAUGAUACUGGUGAUGAUGAUGAUGAACCAGAACAUGAAGCUGCUCGUCAAGCCUUAGAUAGAGUUGCUUUGAAAUUAAACGGUCAAGCUCUUGCUGGUCCACUUUUCCAAUACUUACCAGCCAUGAUUCAAUCAGAAGAUUGGAGAGAACGUCAAGCUGCUCUUAUGGCUUUAUCUUCAGUAGCUGAAGGUUGUGUUGAUGUAUUAAUUGAAGAAAUCCCUAAAAUCUUAGAUUUAAUCUUAACUACUUUAGAUGAUGUUCAUCCAAGAGUUCAAUAUGCCUGUUGUAAUGCAUUAGGACAGAUGUCAACUGAUUUCUCUACAAAAAUCCAAAACACCGCCGGUGAUAGAAUAUUGCCUGCUUUGAUUUCCAAAUUAACUAAUAAAUCAGUUCCAAGAGUUCAAGCUCAUGCCGCUGCUGCUUUAGUUAACUUCUCAGAAGCAGCUUCAAAGGAAGUAUUAGAACCAUAUUUGGAUGAUUUAUUAACUAAUUUACUUGGUUUAUUACAAUCUCCAAAGAGAUAUGUUCAAGAACAAGUAUUGACUACUAUAUCUAUCAUUGCUGAUGCUGCUGAAAAGAAAUUUAUUAAGUAUUACGAUACUUUAAUGCCAUUAUUGACUGAGGUUUUAACUGCCGAUAUGGGUGAUGAAAACAGAUUAUUAAAAGCUAAAUGUAUUGAAUGUUCUACAUUAAUUGCCUUAGCUGUUGGAAAGGAAAAGUUUGCUCCUCAUUGUCAACAUAUAAUUCAAUUAUUUGGUCAUAUUCAAGAAACUGCUACUCAAGAAGAUGAUCCAGUUAAACAAUAUUUGGAACAAGCUUGGAGUAGAAUAUGUCGUAUAAUUGGUAAAGAUUUCUUACCUUAUUUACCAGCCGUUUUACCACCAUUGUUAUCAGCUGCUAAAGCUACUCAAGAUAUUUCCUUAUUAGAAGAAGAUCAAGCUGAAGAAUUUAAUUCUAAUGAAGAAUGGGAUGUUAUUAAUUUAUCUGGUAAAUUAAUUGCUGUUCAUACUGCUGCCUUGGAUGAAAAAGUUUCUGCUAUGGAUUUACUCAGAACUUAUGCUGUUCAAUUAAAGGGAGAUUUCUUUCCAUGGGUUAAAGAAAUUAUUCAAGAUAUUGGAAUUCCUGCUUUAGAUUUCUACUUACACGAUGGAGUUAGAGGAUCUGCUGCUUUAACAUUAGCAUCUUUAUUAAGAUGUUCAGUUUAUGCUUCAGGAAAUUCAUCCAAUGAAACUCUUGGCUUUUGGAGUCAAAUAUCUAAUAAAUUGGUUGAUGUAUUACAUAAUGAACCAGUUCCUGAAUUAUUAGUAGCAUAUUAUACCGCCUUGGUUGAAUGUGUUAAUGUAAUUGGUCCAAAUUCUUUAUCUCAAGUUCAAUUAGAAUCACUUGCAACUUCAAUCAAUACUAAUUUAGUCGAAAUUUUUGAAAGAAUUAAGGCUCGUGAUGUUGAUGACGAUGAAUUCACUGAAGAUGUAGAAGAAGAUGAAGAAGAGUAUACUGAUGAAGAAUUAUUAGAUGAAAUUAAUAAGGCCAUUUCAGCUAUAUUUAAGAAUGCCAAAGCUAAUUUCUUACCUGCCUUCCAAAUCUUGGCUCCAACUAUUUCUACCUUUAUUAAAGAUGAAAAUAGUAUAAUAAAAUUAUGUGGAUUAUGUGUUAUUUGUGAUACCAUAGAACAUUGUGGACCUGAAUCAAUACUUUACAAGGAAAUGUUUGUUAAUAUUGUUGGAGAAUCAUUAACUUCAUCUCAUGCAGGUAUUCGACAAGUUGCCUCAUAUGCUGUUGGAGUUGCUGCACAAUUUGGUGGUGAAGCCUAUGCUGAUUUCUGUCUACCAUGUCUUGAAACUUUAUUCAAGAUGGCCUCAGUUCCUGAUGCUAAGGCAGAAGAGAAUGUUUAUGCUACUGAAAAUAGUAUUACUGCUAUUGCUAAAGUUUGUCAUAGAUUUGCAUCAUCUAUUCCCGAUGUCAACGCCAUUAUUGAACAAUGGAUAAGUUUCCUUCCUAUUGUUCAAGAUGAUACAGCCGCCCCCUUUGCAUACACAUUUUUAAGUGAACUUAUUCAAUCCAAUCAUCCUGCCGUUACUAGUCAAGUUCCUAAAGUUGUUGAUUCAGUUAUUCAAGCUUUAAACCAUGCCUCCAUUAAGGGUCAAACAGCCGACCGAGUAGUCGGUUCUACCAGACAACUCUUAGGCUCAAUCCCUCCUGCUGAAGCCAUGGCAAUUCUACAAAAGAACCCCUCCGACAUAGAAACAGUAAAGAAAUGGUUCUCAUAAGAGCCUAACAACUAUUGUAAUAUCCUUAUGUAUGUCCCCCUUAAUAAAAAUCUUAUAGUAAAUCAGAAAUCUUUUUUCGCGCGCAUAGAUCAACAGAGAGAAAAAAAAAAAAUAAUGGUAAACACUAAAACAAAUGAAUUAUCACAACCUGAUUUGAAGAUCUACUCUACCCCCAAUAGAUCAAGCUGUAGUACACCACCCACCAUGUCUAUGUCUAGUCACUCCUCCGGUUCGGGUUCAUCACAGUCGGGACGGAAAAGGUACUCCAUGAAUACUAUUGAGUCCAGUGUCACGAGAUUAUUGGUAUCCACUAAACAUCUCUUGGAGAGUUUAACUCAAUGGGCUCGACAAGAGGCUGAUGAUAAAUUUGUAUCUGAUGCUUAUGUUAAAUUGGGUAAUGAUUUCCGUGCUGCUACUAGAGUUCUUAGUAGUAAU